AUGUCGACGCGACGAGCCGCCUUGUCUCUCUACCGUCGCUCGCUAAAGCUGGCGUUGGAUUGGGCUGUCCACCGACAUUUAUGGCGUGGCCAGGCUCUCUAUAUUCGCUCACUAUUUGAGGCCAAUCGCAGUGUCACUGAUCCCCGCCAUCAAAGGGUUGGUUCAUAUGGACUUGUGGAAGGAGACACAAGAGCUGAUGUCGUUAUACAGGCGCUGUUGACUGAGACAGAGAAGUUGCUAGAGAGCUGGAAACACCCAGACCCUUACACUCCCCCGACAGCUCCAGGAGGUUCGAAGUACGAGAGAAACCUUCCAUCACCUGUUCUUGACCCUCCCCCGCACCCUGUCAACCGACACUAA